UUGGAAAAACUAUAUAAAUAAAAGUUAGAUGCUAAAUACAUGCAUGGUUCAUUUGUUUCUUUAUAUUUUGGAGCCCUAUGCUCGUAAUCUGGUGAGAAAUCUAAAUAAUAUGCUGUAUGAUCAAGUUAUUUGAUUGCCUUUUGGACGCCAUUUUAAGCAUGUUGAUUUUUUCUAUCCUUCUUUAAGUGAAAGCGCCUAUUUCAAUUUUACAGAGUCUGACAGCAGUGGAAUUCAAUAGUUCUUCCUUAGUCAGUCUUUCCCUUGUUGGUUGCCGUGCCAUGACUACUUUGGAACUCACAUGCCCUCAUCUUGAUCAAGUCUUUCUGGAUAAUUGUGAUCAUCUUGAGAGAGCAUCAUUUUGUCCUGUUGGACUUCGGUCCCUUAAUCUUGGUAUAUGCCCCAAAUUGAAUGUACUUCAAAUUGAAGCCCCACAUAUGAUUGUUCUGGAGUUGAAGGGAUGUGGUGUUUUAUCUGAAGCAUCCAUCAACUGCCCUUGCCUAAUUUCUCUGGAUGCUUCCUUCUGCAGCCAACUUAAGGAUGAUUGCUUAUGUGCAACGACUGCUUCAUGUCCUCUCAUUGAGUCGUUAGUACUGAUGUCAUGCCCAUCCAUUGGUCCAGAUGGGCUCUCUUCUUUGCGCCUGCUUUCUUGUUUAACCUUGCUGGAUUUAUCAUACACUUUCCUGGUGAACUUACAACCAGUUUUUGAGUCCUGUUUGCAGUUGAAGGUAUUGAAAUUGCAAGCAUGCAAGUAUUUGACUGACUCUUCUUUGGAGGCUCUUUAUAAAGAAGGUGCUCUCCCAGCCCUUCGUGAGCUGGACUUGUCUUAUGGGAGCCUUUGCCAGUCUGCAAUAGAGGAGCUUCUUGCUUGCUGUACACAUCUUACCCAUGUGAGCCUAAAUGGGUGUGUCAAUAUGCAUGACCUUAACUGGAGUUAUAGUGGUGGCCAGCUUUCUGAGAUGUCUAGCAUCAAUGGUUCAUCUGCAGUUUGUUCUCCAGAGAUCAUCCAGGAGCCAAUUAUGCAUCCUGACCGUUUACUGCAGAAUCUGAACUGCGUUGGCUGUUCAAACAUUAAGAAAGUUGUCAUUCCUCCGAGGGCCCGUUGUUUCCAUCUGUCAUCAUUAAACCUUUCUUUGUCUGCAAAUCUGAAGGAAGUAGAUGUUACUUGUUUCAAUCUGAGCUUUCUUAAUUUGAGCAAUUGCUACUCCUUGGAAAUUUUGAAGCUUGAUUGUCCAAGGUUGACUAGCCUCUUCCUUCAGUCGUGUAGCGUUGCUGAAGAGGUGGUGGAAGCUGCUAUAUCACAUUGUAACAUGCUGGAAACUCUUGAUGUCCGCUUUUGUCCAAAGAUCUACUCAGUAUACAUGGGAAGGUUACGUGUGGUUUGUCCCAGUCUAAAACGUAUCUUCAGCAGCCUCUGUGCUUCGUAAUGGGAUCAAUAGACAACCGUCACUUGUAGUUGAAACUGUAUUACAUUAUUAAUGCCCAGUGUAUGUUUGCAGUCCUGGCGAGCCCCGGUUAGCUUAGUAAUUUAUCAUCAUAUGCUUGUCUGUUGUAAAUAACCAAUUUUCCUUUGUUCUGUAUGUUUUUUUUUUUCGGUGGGGGAGGGGAGAGACUGUUGGUGUUUGCUGAGAUAGAUCUACCCUGGCCAUUUGUAAACGAUGAAAUAAAUUAUGUUUUAAUAGAUAUAUGAAUACCUAUUGUUGUUUUGGA